AUGCCUCUCACGUUGUACGACAAAAUCUACCAAGAGCAUUUGGUAAAUCCUGACGACAAGGCAGCACCGCUGUUGUACGUGGAUUCACAUCUGAUAUUCGAAGUGCCGACUGCCCAAGCAUUUGAUGGACUCAAAAAGAACAAGCGUCCAGUACGGAGGACGGACUUGACAUUGGCCACAGUCGAUCACAAUGUCCCAACAGAUGACCGCUCCCAGUAUCGGGACGCAGCAUCUUUCGUCCAAGAACCACAGGCCAGAACUCAGAUCACGUUGCUUGAGCAGAACGUCAAAGAAAACAACAUCAAGUACUUUGGCAUGCCCGAUCGCCGGCAAGGUAUUGUCCAUGUCGUAGGUCCGGAGCAAGGGCUGACUCUGCCGGGAUCUACACUGUUCUGUGGAGAUUCACACACCCCGACCCACGGAGCAGUUGGUGCUCUGGCCGUCAGUGGCGGAACUUCAGACAUUGAACAUGUACUGGCAACGCAGACUGUGCUUCAGAAGAAGUACAAAAACUUCCGCGUUCGUGUCGAGGGCGAACUUGGUCUCGGCGUCUACUCCAAAGACAUCAUCUUACAUUUGCUCGGCCAAAUUGGCACCGCGGGAGCCACUGGGUGUGUCAUCGAAUUCUGUGGAUCGACAAUUCGAAAUUUGUCCAUGGAGGCAAGAAUGGUGCUGUGUAAUAUGAGCAUCGAAGGGGGGGCACGGAGCGGCCUCGUGGCACCUGAUGAAGUGACCUUUGAAUAUCUAAGAGGGCGACCGCUUGUUCCUUCGGGGGCCGACUGGGACAAGGCUCUUGCAUACUGGAAGACGCUGUAUAGCGAUGAAGAUGCGCACUGGGACUAUACUGUCGACAUCAACGCUGCCGACAUAGUUCCUUCAAUCACCUGGGGAACCUCGCCGGACGAUGUCAUCCCGGUCAAUGGCAGGAUCCCGGACCCAGCAGAGUAUGAGGAAAAGGAACCAUUCAAAGCAGCUGCAAUCCGUCGGGCGCUCAAGUACAUGGACUUGAAGGCGAAUAUGCUCGCGACGGAUAUCAAGAUCGACCGUGUAUUUAUUGGGUCUUGUACGAACUCGAGAAUCGAAGACUUGAGAGCUGCCGCAAGAGUGGCAAAGGGCAGGAAGGUUGCAGACUCGGUUUAUGCGAUGGUCGUUCCAGGUUCGGGGUUGGUAAAGCAACAAGCAGAAAAUGAGGGUUUGGAUGUUAUUCUCAAAGCCGCCGGAUUCGACUGGCGAGAGGCUGGCUGUUCUAUGUGUCUGGCCAUGAACCCCGAUGUCCUCGCCCCUGGGGAGCGGUGUGCCUCGACGACCAACAGGAAUUUUGAAGGAAGACAAGGACCUGGUGGCCGGACUCAUCUCCUUUCCCCAGCCAUGGCAGCGGCUGCUGCUAUCAAAGGACACUUUACCGAUGUCAGGGACUUCUUGACCUCACAGAACGGAUCCCUUGGGGUGACACAAUUGACGCUCGAGGGUGAAAAGGUCCGGAGCUAUGGCCCAAUUGAAGCGACCACAAGCACUCAGCCUUCUGUAUCUGACGGCGGAGAUGAUGCUAUUGCGAAGCGGCCAUCAGAGCAAGCCCUGCGCAGUGUGGAAGGGAUUCCCAAGUUUGAUGUAGUUCGGUCUGUACCGGCUCCAUUCGAUAUGCAAAACAUCAACACCGACCUCGUGAUACCCGGAGAGUAUCUCAAAACCACAAAGCGGACCGGCUUAGGGCCGCAUCUGUUUCAGGAGCUUCGGUAUAACAGCACAACACACGAGGAAGUUCCAGAAUUUGUCUUGAACCGAGACCCUUAUCGCAAAUCUAAGAUACUGAUAUGCACCGGGGACAACUUUGGGUGUGGUUCUUCGAGGGAGCAUGCUGUUUGGGCGCUGGUCGACUUCGGCUUUCGCUGUGUUAUCGCCCCUUCAUUCGCGUCUAUAUUCUUCAACAACUCUGGCAAGAAUGGACUGCUAGCGAUUCCUCUCGAUGAUGCACAAGCUCUGCAGAAAAUCCAUGCUGAAGGUCUCGCCGGACGCGAAGUUGAAGUGGAUCUACCUAACCAGGAGAUCCGAGAUGCCAAUGGCAAGUUGAUCGCAACAUUCAACAUGGAUCCAUACACCAAGCACUGCCUGGUCAACGGCUUGGACGAUAUCAGUAAUACCCUCUUGAGCGAGGAAAAGAUCUAUGAAUUUGAAGUCAGGCAAAAGUCGAAGUUCCCAUGGCUGUUUGGCCGCAUUCGGAAACUACAGUCACCGAGGCGUCUUGGUCUUUACCUCCCAACAGCGCAGGACAUCUUCGACUGGUAG